AUGAGAGAGUGUCGAUUCAAGCAAGAAGAUGAAAAACAAAAUGGGGCAACUGGGUUUAUGCAUGAAAGCAAGGUUGGCGAUGGAGAGUCCAAAGAAACUUUAUUGCUCGCAUGUCAUGGAGAUAGUAUGGAUGAUGUGUGGUAUCUAGACAGCGGAGCUAGCAAGCAUAUGACUGGUAACAAAAACCUUUUUUCAUCUCUCUCUGAAAUUGAUCAUGGACAAGUAACAAUUGGUGAUGCUAGAGCCUAUAAAAUUAGGGGAGUAGGUGAAGUCUCUUUUAAAUCCAAAUCUGGAAAAAUUGAGAAGAUGGCUGAAGUUUAUUAUGUUCCUGGUUUAAAGAGUAAUUUGCUAAGUAUGGGUCACCUUUUGAAGAAAGGAUUUGAUAUUAACUUGCAUGACGGCACUUGUUUUUUGUCAAAGAAAAAUCAGAUUGUUGCAAAGAUAGGUGUUGCUGCAAAUAAUUUGUUUCCGCUCAGAGUUCAGACAACAAAUUUGUCUUGUUUUGUUGGUAUUGAGAAGGGAAUUUCCAAGCUUUGGCAUGAUACAUAUGGGCAUAUGAACUAUGCAAGUCUGAAGUUGCUGUCAAGUAAAGAGAUGGUAGAUGCGCUGCCUCAAAUUGAUCAUAUAGAUGAUGUUUGUGAAGAAUGCCAACUAGGCAAGCGGCAUAGGAAUUCAUUCCCUGCACAUUCCUCAUGGCGAGCAAAGAAGCCACUAGAACUUGUUCAUUCUUAUUUAUGUGGUCAAAUGUCAGUAACAUCUCAUGGAGGUAACAAGUAUUUUAUCUCAUUUAUUGAUGAUUUCUCAAGAAAAGUUUGGGUUUAUUUCCUUAAAGAAAAAUCCGAGGCUUUUCAAGCUUUCAAAGAUUUCAAGGCUGAGAUCAUCCCAAAGAAAAGACUUCUCAACUGUAUCCCGGAAGAGGAACCAAAAGAACAAUCCAUCCACAUGGUUCCCAUCUUCUUUUACCUUCAAAAUGAACAUAGAGCAGUUGGUGAUUAUUCUUCUGGUUCCUCUUCUGGGAUGCAAUUGAGAAGUCUUUUCUUUGGGAUGAUCUUGGACAUGGUUUCCAAGUUUAGAACUUUUGAUUUGGUGGAAAGAUUUGAUGGGCAGAAGGAGAAGAGAGUUGUUUUUGCUUCUUGA